AUGUCUGAGAUUCCAACUGGAGAGUAUGAUUUGAAAUUGGGCACAACAUUCACAGGAAAAGGAAAGGACACUGCUGAGAAGACUUUUCAUACUUUGCGUUACGAUUUUAAACCGCAAUCUGUUUCAAGUGAUACUGAUUCGUUUAUUGCGAUUGGAUCAAAUGGAGAUGUGCAAGUGGUAAUGCCGACUAGUAGUCAUGAUCUGACUGUUUUCAAAGGAUCACAGAAAGCAGUGAAAGCUGAAAAGGAAUGCUUAUUGUUUUUCGAUCCAGCUACUGGGAGUAUUCGAUUAGAGAAAUUGAAUAGUAAUAUUACUGUCAAAAAGACUAGAGAUCAAGAAUCGACGGAAAAUCUACGAGCUGAAGUCGAGAGAUUGAGAACUCCAAAAAAGGUUGUACAAGAAGUCUUAACUCAACAAAAGGCAUUGCCUGAAUCGGAUUCGAGUGAUUCGAGUGAUGAUGAUUCAUCAUCUUCAUCUUCAUCAAGUAGUGUGAAGAAAGCAAAGAAAUCAUCUUCAUCCUCUUCGUCUGAUUCUGACUCAGCUCCAGGAAAAGACGAAAGUAAUAGUGAUGAUGAGUUGUCAAGAGCACUGGAAGACAAGAUUCUGGCAAAAGAUGAGCAAGAAGUUAGAAGCAAGAUUCACGAUCCAUUUGCGGAUCUUGAUCAACCAACUCAAGUCUACAAACCGGCACCUGUACACAAAUCAAAGACAAAAGAUUUAAUGCACGAUCUUCAACUCAGCGAAAGCUCAGAUGAGGAU